AUGUCGAAUUUGUCAAAGCUUGAGUUUGUGGCACUUGACAUUUCUAGAAAAAAUUACCUAUCAUGGGUUCUCGAUGCUGAGAUUCACUUAGCCGCUAAAGGCUUUGGUAACACCAUUACUCAGGGUAAUGAGGCAUCAAGCCAAGACAAAGCGAAUGCCAUGAUUUUCCUUCGUCAUCAUUUGGAUGAAGGCUUGAAGGUUGAAUAUUUGACAGUGAAAGAUCCACUUGAAUUGUGGACUGGCCUGAAGGAAAGCAGCAAUACCGUGAAAGGGGUUUUAAAAAGUACUGAAUUGAUCUCAUGCCUUCUGGUGGCUGAGCAACAUAAUACUCUUUUGCUGAAAAAUCAUGAAGCCCGUCCCACAGGGUCAGCUCCGCUUCCUGAAGCGAAUAUGGAAGCUAGACGUGAUAAGUCUGGAAAAAGACAGAAUAAUAAUCAUGGACAUAUGAAUGUACGUGGGCAUGGCAAUGGUAAGAGACGAUAUAAUAGUCGUCAUCAUGGUGGUCAUGGCAAACUAGAGAACAAUAUGGGUUCUCAAAACAAUCCUUCAAGAGGCAAAAGCGGUAACUGCCACCGCUGUGGCAUGAAAGGUCAUUGGAAAAUUGAAUGUCGUGCACCUGAGCAUUUUGUCAGGCUCUAUCAAAAUUCCAUCAAAAGAAAGGCAAAUAAUGUUGGAGCAUCUUCUACUAAUGACCCAGUGGAGUCUCACUUGACCUUUAAAAAUAAUUUUGAGGCAGGGCGUUCAAACAAAAAUGAUGACAAUGCCGAGGCAAAUCUUGCUUUGAAUGAUGAUGAUUUCAAGGCCUCGAUGAUCUUACUCAUUUGGAAGUUGAAGAUUUCUUUGGAAAUCAAAACUAAAGUUUGA